ACUCACAUGAGGGGCGUAACUGUCUCAUAAUGGUCUCUAUAUUUCCUUAUUUGUCACGAUCUGCUUUUUGUCCUUCCUUACAAACAAACCAACCAUGGCUUUCGGUGUUUCAGUGUUUCGAAUUUGGAAACGGUCCAUAGAAUGUACGCUUUCGCCGUACCCAUCAUAAGAUAGCAGUACUUUGAGUUUACAAUACACAAAGUCAAAAUUACGGCACUUCCCAAAUUUCUUCGCUGAGGUUCUAUUGAAGUUGAGAUGGUUUUUCCAUGUCCCGAUGCGGACCGCCCACACCCUACCCUCCCUUUUGCCUCGGGCUUUUUGGAUCUCUUCGUCCCAAGUCAAGGAGUCUCUCGACGGCCUGUCUCGUUAAGUUGGCGUCUAAUCUCUUCGUGGCUACCACUUCGCACCCACUCCCACCUACGAAAUCCCCGAUUUGGGGCGGACCGGGUGGCCACGAGCAUAUCGCGUGCACGUGGUCCCCAUAUGAUCCUCACCUGCUUUCCCCCGCCUCAACCGUAAGUGACCAUCCAAAACGUGGAGCGCGAACUCUACCGCUUAAUAGCACCACCAGCCCACCACACCACCCAUGCGUAACCGUCAUCUCUUGUCUUCGACCCCAUAUUUGUACAACAGAUUGCAAGCAUGCUUCUUCUGGCAUCCCCCUCUUCGACGGCCCGUCUUCUCGUGUUCGGAACCAAAGGGUCCAUACAUCUAUCCAACCCCCCCUUGUCUUUGUGAUCGUCACCCGCUCGCCUGCCCCUCGCCUGGGAACCUUAACCCGUUUUGGGGGAGCUCGAUAUGAGCGGCUGUUUCCGCUUCCCCCCAUCUGUAGAUGGGCUGGGUGGUGUGUGUGUGUGUGUCUACAGUGACAUGCAAUAAGUCUGGGCUCACCACACAAUGUGCCACUUUGAAUAGGUGAGCCCAGACUUGUUACAUGUCACUACGGAGUAUACCUA